AUGAUGGCUACAGAAUCCAGGGAGGUCGCACCCCUGACUCCUAGGUCUCCACAAGAACAAGAGAGACCUCUGAAAAUGGAACUGCAGGAGGUUGAUACCUGGGAACAGGAACCAAGCCUACAGUGGAAGGUCACACCCUUUGAUGGGGAGAUUUUUCGCCAACGUUUUAGGCAUUUCUGCUAUGAGGAGACACCCGGACCACGUGAAGCUCUGAACCAACUCAGAGACCUUUGUCAGAAAUGGUUAAGACCAGAUAUUCAUACAAAGGUGCAGAUCCUGGAACUAUUGGUACUAGAACAAUUCCUGACCAUCUUGCCUGAAGAACUACAAGCUUGGUUGCAGGAGCACCAUCCAAAGAGUGGGGAACAGGCAGUGACUAUGUUGGAGGAUUUAGAGCAAGAGUUUGAUGAGCCAGAUCAACAGGUCAGAGCCUCUGCCUAUACGAAGGAGGAGAUUUUGGAGGAGUCAACACUUCUGGGAACAUCACAAAAGUCCUCUUGUGUUCAGUUCCAGGCUUUGGAGGUCCAGCACAAGAGUGAAUCACCAGAACCCCACUUCCAACCAGAAAGAGGUGGUGAUAAGCAGACUGAGGAACACUUAACUCCAAAGCAGGAAAUUUCUGCAGAAAAUGAACUAUAUGAGGAAGUCUCUGGAAAUCUUAAUGGGAAUAUUCCUCAAGUUUCAGAGUGUGAUAAACACCUUAUGGGUAGAUUAAGAAAAAAGAAAGAAAAUCUGCUGGGCCAGAGACAACAUAAAGAUAACAAAUGGGAGGAAAAUUUUACUUGGAGCUCGGGCUUUAUUAGGAAUCAAAACAUCUACUCUAUUGAAAAACCCUAUGGCUGUGAUGCAUGUGAGAAAGCCUUUAGUCAGAGCUCACAUCUUCUUAAUCAUCAGAGAAUUCAUACUGGAGAGAAACCCUAUGAAUGUGAGGAGUGUGGGAAAGCCUUCAAUUAUAGCUCACACCUUAUUCUACAUCGGAGAAUCCACACUGGGGAGAAACCUUAUGAGUGUGUUGAGUGUGGAAAAUCCUUUAGUCAAAGUUCAAGCCUCAUUCAGCAUCAGAGAAUCCAUACUGGGGAGAAACCCUAUCCAUGUAAUCAGUGUAGUAAAAGUUUCAGUCGAAGCUCAAACCGUAUUUUACAUCAGAGAAUACACACAGGAGAGAAACCUUAUGAAUGUGAUAAGUGUGGGAAAGCCUUCAGACAGAAAUCUGCUCUUGUUCUACAUCAGAGAAUCCAUACCGGAGAGAAACCUUAUGAAUGUGAUGAAUGUGGGAAAGCCUUCAGUCAGAGUACAAACCUUAUUAAACAUCAGAGAAGUCACAGUGGAGAAAAAAUCCUUUCAGCAUCAUGAGUGUGACUCAAGCCCCUGUUACUAAUAGAAAAAACAACAACACUGGAGACAAAAUCCUUGAUAUAAUCACUAUAGUUAAAACAUCACCCAUAGAUUUCCUAGUUGAACAAUAAGAAACCACUCUAGACAGAAGCUCCAUUAAUAUAACAAAGAAAAAAUGUUCAAAAAACAUUGAAACCUUGUCUAGAAAUCUUAGUAAUGGUUUGAAAAUCAGUCAACAAACAUUUACUCAGCUUCAUUUUAUAGAAAUUUCAACAUAAAAUACAAAGAUUCUUUGUUUUCAAAGGACUUAGAUUCUAUUUAGAGGAUAUAACAUGUUUACAAUUAAGUACUGCCCUAGUCUUUUUCUUGAAAUCUUAUGGGAUCUUAUUCUACUUCCAAAUGUACAUUCUUAUUAAUGCAAAUAAUAAAAUUGAUGGCUCUGUUGUCAGAGUUCCCUCUCUGAACCAGCACCGAUGGUCUGUAACAGUGAGUGUGGCUUUAUAGCAUUCACACCCCACAUAUGAAAGCCCUUUUGAUUAUCUUUAAAUGCAUCUUUUAUUCUAAAGACCAAAUAGCCUCAUAUAAUUCUUCCAUUAUGUAUUGAUACCAUAUUCUGAACAUAGGAAUAAAAAUUAAAAAAAAAAAAAAAAGUAAAAGGGUUCUGCAGAGUAGAGUGAAAGACAUAUUACAGUUUGGAGGUUUUUAAAACCUUAUAGAGCAUAUAUAUAAAAUCAUAUGUAUGUAGAUCAAAUAUCAUAAUUGGAUUUUAAAAUUAAUAUUCAAUGUCUCCAAAAUAUAAUAUUUAUAAAGAUAUUUAAUUAGAGAGCUAGAGAACACAGGGAAUGCUCACCACUCAAUCCAUAUGGAAGAGAGAGCACAAGGGCAGAGCAACUGCAACUAUAUACAGACAACAGCAACACAUAUAUAUGAAA